AUGAAAUUGCUCAACAGAAUGGAGAGAGCGCCGAGUAGUGGGAGUAGUAGCAGUAGUAGUAGUAGUAGUAGUAGUAGCAACACCAGCGUUAAUGACAGUAGAAAUACCAACAGCAACACCCACACCCACACUAACACCACCACCAACAGCAAUACCAACUCCAGCAAUACCAACUCCAGCAAAAGAUUACUCGACAGAAUCGGAGGCUCAAGAAGCUCUAACCCAGGAACAGCUUCGAGUUCUUUAGCUAACAGGAUUGGUCCACCUCCUACAGCUUCAACUUCCCAACCAAUUCAUUCAACUCAACAUCCUGCUAUCAAGAGGAAUAGAGGUACUGACCUGAUAAAUGACCCUAAUGAUUCUAUAAAGAAAAAGCCUAGACAGGAAAAUGAAUAUUAUAAGCUCGAAGAAUCAAAGAAGCACACGCUAGCAACUCAACAGCCUCAGCACCCUCCUAAAUCUACUCCCAUGCCUCAAUCUGUGCCUCAGAAGCCAUAUCAACAAGAAUCAGCUCAACAAGCAAAACAUAGUGCUUCAAUAAGGUCAACUUCACCCCCUAAAAAGCUCAAAUCAUCAAAACAGCCAGAACAAGAACCAACAAAACAGCAUGUUAAAGAUGCAACACCAGAGAUACUUCCAAACUUUGCACCACAAGCAGCUCCAAAAUCUCCAAAUCAAACAUCAAACGUUACAACACCAUCUGAACAAGUCGAGGAUAGUGCAGAUGUGAACAUGCAGCAAAUCGUAGAGACUCAACCCGUGCAACCAUCACAAUCUAGCUUAUACGAAAAUCUCGCCAUCAAAUUGAAUGAGAUAAUCAACAAAAAUUUGGAAAUGAAGAGAUCAGAAAAUGAUCUAAUUGAGACAUUUGAACAGAAGCAAUCUAUAAAGUCCUCAUUUGGAUGUAACUCGAUUGGCAUUUCCUCAACCAACUAUCAAAAAGACUUGCACAAAUUUGAUCUGCGCAUAGCUCAACUAGAGCAUUCCAUGAGCAUUGCUGGCAAGUUAGCUACCGAAUUAGCUGGAGAGUUGUUAGUCGAAUUGAAUGAGCUUUGCCAAAGCAACGUUAAAGCUGUCAAUAAUGCCGAAGACUUUGUUGAUUUGAACAAAUUCAAUGACUUUAAGGAAUUCACAUUUAAUGAAUUCAAGAAGAUUACCACAAAUAAUCCAAAUAAUCAAGAUCUUUCACCUAGAAGCUCGGAAAUAAAGAACACUAUUAGCGCACAAACGAAUUCUAUCAAUUCCCUCAAGGAAGGUUUCAGAACUACUCGUAACGAUAUUUACGAAAAGAUGAGCAAUGAUAUUGAUAGGUUGGAGGAGUACACAAAACGUGAAAUACAAGGCGCAAAGGAGUACAUUAGGCGCGAGUUGCGAGAAAUGGACCCCUUAUUGCAAGAUUUAAACAUGAGAGUGGAUGAUACCAAAGAAUCGGCUAACAAGAUGUUAGCUUCGUCAAACACCUUGACGAGUCAGGUACUAACAGAUGCAACUGACUCUAUGCGUGCUGAAAUGAAGCGAGUGGAAGAGCUGUAUAAGGAGAAGAGCAAGAAGAAUGAAGAUGAAAUUUAUGCACAGAACAAUCGUAUAGGCGUCUUGACUAGUCAAAAUGAAGAACUACAGCAGGACAGCCUUCGUACGAAAAUCUCGUUGGGUGAGAUUAAACGCCAAUUUACAUCGCUUCAAUCUCAGAUCGAUGCGAUGAAAAGACAAUCGACGCAAUCUGCGCAGACUUUCCAAACUCCUCAGACAGUUCGCCCAGCAAAACUUCAACCCUCCAUGCCCUUUCCGGGGAAUGGGAGAAGUGUGACACCUAGUCCUAAUAUCAAUCAAAAUCCUUACCACAAUCCUAAUGCUAAUUCUGCAGGGGGAGUAGGGCAAAAUAUGGGUCGCGGCGUGUACACCAGUCAGAGUAUGCCACCAACUCAACAACAAAGUAUGCGUCCCCAGCAUGUACAGCGGACGAAAGCGCGCUUGUCUGCUCCAUCAUUGACGGGUAACAGACCACUAGCACCGCAAGCAUCCGCUUCCCAUCCACAAGUUCAGUCUAAUCGGCAACAGGGUACGCAGCAGGGUACGCAUGCGCCGGCCCUCAACGUGAACGACACGAGUGGGCGUCCUUAUCCUCCGCAUCAACAAAAAGGAUUCAACAACCACAGCCAAAAUUGGUAA